CGAAAAACUCUGGUAAAGAUUAAACAACGUUUUAGUAUUAUUCGAAAAAUAAUAUUUAGUAGGUAACUUGUUUUCUUGAAACUCCGUGUUACACGUCGAAUAGUAUCUGUUUGUAUAUCAUAUAGGCACUCAUCGGAACCAACAAAAAAGCAAAAUAUUAAAACCAUGAAGCAUAAUAUUAUUUUUAUGUUAAUAAAAUUGAUAUUUUUAAUUAGUUCAGGAUCGUCUGAUGAUUUAAAACUGUUUUCCGGUUCUCCAGCGGGUCCUUACCGAUUGGUCAUCAAACAGGUUUCCAACUGCAAUCCUACUCAAAAUAAUAAAAUACAGCAUAACAUGUAUUUACGUCACAGGGCCAAUUCAACAUUCAUCUAUGGAAAUACAACUCUCGAAAUACCUUUUGAUGACACUUUCUUCUUAGAAAUAAAAAUGGCUUUCAAGGAUUCAUAUGGAAUUUGGAGAGAAAACGUAUUCAUGCAUAAAUCACCAAAGGCAUGCUCAACGUUAAAAAAAUUAUUGGGAAAAGCAUGGAAUGCAAUUGCGAAUGGUUAUGGCAUAACAAAAGUCGAUUGUCCUUUACUUCCGGGUGUUUAUAUAUCUCCGGGUAUGGAUGCUUCAUUAUUUGAAAAAGCUAAUUUUCCAAAAACAUUUUUUUAUGGAACAUACAAAUUUAAAAUGUAUCAGUUACGAGAAAAUGAAAUAUUUGGUUGCCAAAAUUUCGUUGUUGGAUUUAAGCGUCCCUGAAGUGUGUUGCAUAUAACUUAAUUUGUGAUGGUUCAUAAAUAUCUGCUUUAUUAUCAAAAUAAAAAUUUAAUUGUUUAUAUUUUUCUCAAGAA